UUUAUAUCGUCCGGCCUACAUUCGAACAUUAAGUUAGUCAAAACGACCACUGCUUCCCGAAGUCAUUACAUUAUGCACCUUAAUAGGCUAUUCUUCAGUUGUUUGUGGCAUAUACUAUUAUCAGUUCCCACAGGGUCAGCGUGCUAAUUACGCAUUGAUGCAUUUAGUAAACAUUAUUAUAGCACUUAAUGUUUAAGAACUGUGUAUUUCCAUGAAGUCCUGAAGGUCUCGUGCGUGUAAUCGACCGACUCUGAAAUCCCGUCGCAACCUCACGGGACGUGCUCUCUAACCGAACAGAGACUAGUGACAGAUGAUGGGUUUAGUAUCCCGAGGAUUGCGCACAAGGCAGUCAGUGAUCCGUUAACUGGCGUUUAAUAUUGCGACGGUGUCCCGACGUUGCUCGAAGUAAAGUUGAAAACUGGUGUACGGGGACUUCGUUGAUCCUGGUGGAGUUUGUUUGAUUGGACCGUUGGAGGAAAGUUAUAGUCAAUAUGGCGAUAUAAAGACCAAGAUAAAGUUCACAAACCUUUCUAGGUUGAUUCCCACAUUAACAGUACUGGAUUUCACACCAGACACGACCAGUAGUUUUUACGCUCGACUUUUACGCGUGGAGGAAGUAACUGGAUUGAUCUCAAUGCAUUCAUAUCAUUACGGACAACGUAAACUACCGAGUGACAGGUGUGAUUCUGUACAGUAGACAAGUUGCAGAAAUGGACAGAACAUAUCCUUCUUCACGUUGUUGAAGGCUGCAACUCAUAUACUCGGAACUUGGAAUGAAGUGAGAGACUCGUCGAGUGCCAAAAUGAACGUUUACUCUCAUACCUGGAGGAUUUUACAAAUAUUUCUAGCGACGAUCGUCACAGUUUUCACGCAAGAGUCGGACAGUCCGGAGCUAUCAGAGAACACCAAGAAUUCCGGGCGAUUUCCGGUCUUCCUCCCCGUCAACUACCAGGUCCGGGAUGCCGACUACUUCCUGCUGAAGGAGGCCGGCCAGGACAUCAUGAGGAAUUCCAGCAUGCAGACGCACACGCAGCCCUUCGUCAUCCUCCGAGCCAGCCGGCCGCCCGUCGUGAACACCAGCUACGGGCCUCUGUCCACAGAGCACCCCGUGCCCCUGGACCUGGUGCAUUCCGUGCAGCUCUUCCGAGCCCUGGGGGUGUUCACCUACAACUGGAAGGUGCAGUCGUUUGUGCUGACCCCCAGGGUCUACUCCUCCGUGCCCAGGGUGCGAGUGUUGUUCUACGUGGCCGGGAGGGACUGGGACAGGGGAGAGGAGGGGCUCCAGGACGAGCUGCCCUGUGUAAUGGUCUACGCUUUCUGGCAGACUCAGGAGGUGAGGGGCUCCUGUGCCAUGGGGGGCCAGAGGGGCACCUGCAUGGCUGAGCUGGAGCCAGCGUCCGGCUGGUUCAGCCCUGGGGCGGGCAGCUCCAGCCGGGAGAGACUUGACCCGUCGGAGGGCAACAUAGUGGAGCUCUACUACCAGGCUCGGCCCAGCGCUUCUGGGAAGUGUAGUUCCGGGGACGGUGGCCGCUGGGGAAGCUUCGAGCAGCAGGCCCAGGCGGACUACAUCCCCGUCACGCCCAUGCAGAGGAUUGGGAGUGUGCGCCUCCUGCAGUUGCCUAAGGGUGCUGCGUCGCUUUCCCGCCUUAAACUGGGCAAUGCCAUCGUCAUCCAGACGUCUUCUAAACCCCUGAAGAAGACCGAUAUCGCCACGUUCUACAUCCUCAUGGCCAGCUCUUCCUCGCUGGAGAACUUCACCCUUAGAGCCAUGGUGAAGAAAGGGGUGUCAUUCCGCACGGCGACUCCCAGUAACUCUCUACUGUGGGACAUCACGCUGGACAUGGGGGCGGACGGCACCAUCGCUGUGGUCUGUCAGAGGAAGUCUGACAUACCGGGGAAAAAGCUGGACACCAGUCUGAUGGAGGUUCUCCAGAUGGACUUCGAGGUGGAGGAGCUGAGCAGCCCGCUGGACAGCCAGGUGAUCACCUGGAGGCUGGAGGUCCCGGCCGAUGCCAGGGAUGCAGGGAAGACGGAGGGGACCAUGAGGAUCUACACCACCCAGAGGGACUUUGUGGGUCUGGCUCCCCUGGUGAUGGACACAGAGAUCCUGAACACGGCGCUGUUGACGGGCAAGAAGGUGGUGAUGCCGGUGAGGACCGUGGCCGUCGAGGAGGACGGGGCCGUCACCGACGUCUCGGACUUCACCGACUGCAACUCCACCGAUGAAGACAUCUUGAAGGUGUCGGACAGGUGUGACUACGUGUUUGUGAACGGGAAGGAGAUGAAGGGCAAGGUGAGGAUGAAGGUGAACUUCACCUACAGCUACCUGAGCGCCCAGCUGGAGAUGAACGUGUGGAUCCCCCGCCUGCCGCUCCAGAUCGAGGUGUCGGACACGGAGCUCAGCCAGAUCAAGGGCUGGAGGGUGCCCAUUACUACAGCCAAGAGGCUCAGCUGGAACAGUGACGAGGAGGAGGACAGGAAGGGGCGGGGCUGCAUGCUCCAGUUCCAGCAUGCCCUGCUGCGUGUGCUCACGCACUUCACAGCGGAGCAGGGCGACCCCCGCGACCCCCAGGCCUACCUGCUGGGCUCGGACUGGCAGGUCGACGUCACCAAGCUGGUGCGCUACUUCCUGAAGGUGGAAGACCCUCGCAUCGCCAGGCUGCAUGCCGGGAGGGUUCUGUCUGGACGGGAUAUCGGGACCACCUCCAUCCAGGUGUUCUCCCCGCUGUCAGACACCAUCCUGGCCAAGAGGAGCAUCUCGGUUGUGGAUGACAAAGUGACCAUCACAGAGCUGGGGGUGCAGCUGGUCACCGGCCUCUCCCUCUCCCUGCAGCUGAGCACGGGCAGCAACAGGGCCAUCCUCGCCACGGCGACCACGCAGGAAGUGCUGCAGAGCCCCAAACAGGAAGCUGUGGUGAGUACCUGGAUCCAGUUCAGUGACGGCUCCCUCACCCCCUUGGACAUCUAUGACCCCAGCUCCUUAAAAGUGACGGUAAUGUCCCUGGACGAGGGGGUGGUGCUGGUGCAGGGGACCCCCCCGGCCGUGGUGGCGGUGGGGGAAGGGCAGGGGGUGCUGGUCAGGGUGGAGAUGGCCAUCUGCGAAGCCUGCCAAAAGUCCAAACGCAAAAGCACCCUGGCAGUGGGCAGCGGCAGCCUCAAGGUCAAGUUCCAGACCGGCAGCCGGCGCUUCGACGGCAACCGCGGCGGCGACAACAGUAGCGUCGCGGUGUACGGAGCGGGAGGCGGUGGAGACGCGGCGGGGGGUGCCUUGGGCGUGGGGGCCGGCGGCGGGGCCGUGGGGAACGCCAGCAAGGACAGCAGCGGCAGCGACUACGGGAGCGACGGCGAGGAGGCGGACGGCGAGCGGAAGCAGCAGCAGCCGCCGUGGGCCGUGCCCAGCAGCUCGGCCUCGGAGCGGGAGGAGAGCGGCGUGCGCAAGGCCAGCACCACCGCCAAGUCCACCGAGCGCGCCGCCGUGGCGGCCGUGCCCGACAGCAUACCCAGCGGAGGCAGCCUGGGAGGGGUGGGCAAGAACCGGGAGCUGAAGGACCCGAGGAGCCCCUUCAAUUCCGGGUACCCCUACGCCCCCGCCGGUCCCUUCAACGAGAGUGACCUUAGCAGCUCUAGGACGGAGGGCUCGGAUACCGGGAUGGUGGAGGAGAUGGGCAUUGUGGGGUUCAGUAGCACGGUGAAGCCUCUUGGCAAUCUGGUGAACUAUAACAGCUUCCCCGUGGAGGUGGAACUACCUGACCAGGACAUGGGCGCAGAGGACAUGGGCGCAGAGGACAUGGGCGCAGAGGACAUGGGCGCAGAGGACAUGGGCGCAGAGGACAUGGGCGCAGAGGACAUGCUCGCCCCCAGGCCCCUCACCGACCUGGAAAUCGGCAUGUACGCCCUGCUGGGGGUCUUCUGCCUGGCCAUCUUGGUCUUCCUGGUCAACUGCAUCUCCUAUGUGGUGAAGUUCAGACACAAGCAGCCCCCCUCUCACGGCCAGGAGCCCACGGGGCACCGGCACGACUGGGUGUGGCUGGGCACGGACGCCGAGCUGGUGAUGAACGUUCCAGGCAGCCCCCUCCAGCAGGACAACCACAGCACCACCACGGUGAUAGACAUUGGGCCCGAAAAGAAGGCCACCCUCCCCAGAAGGCCCAGCUGCCUGGCCUCCUCCACGGACUCCCCCCUGGGCUGCAGGAACAAGCCCGUGCACGCCGAGUCCCUCCACUCGCCCACCAGCAAGAGGAAGAGGGUCCAGUUCACCACCUUCGCGUCUAUGGACCGCCAGUCCUCGCCCCACCUCUCCCCCAGAGAGAACGGCCACGGCAUCCACUGGGUGGGGAAGGAGGAGAACUGUCUGGAAGCCCAAGUGCCCAUUACAGGGACUGUGGACCGUUUAUAAUGAGGACUGUUUCACCUCCACCGUGGCAGUGUGUGUAUGUGGCUUUGAUCACCUCAAUGCCUUUGUUUACCCCUCCGUAAAGAAGCAUCAGACACAGACUCAAAGAGCAUCGCGCUACUCACGGCAGCACACAGCAUCAUCUGUGAUUACCCAUCGAUCCUGUCUUCACGUUGCUUUUCUGUCAAGGCCUUUUUACGUGUAAAUACAUUUCAAAUACUGCGAGAGACUGAGAGAAAGUGUUGUAUCUUGAGAGAGCGUUCGUAGAUGAUGCAUCACCUAACCCAGGUUUUAUAAGGUUGACUCAGGCCAGUACCGUUCGUGUUUUUACAAAAAAUCUCACACAGAAGUGUCGUUGCAUGCGAAAAAUCUGACUUUUUGCACCCCUUGAAACGUGUCCCCUCACACAAAAACAAACACGCUUUACUCUAAAAGCAAAAGAUCACACAAUGAUUUGUGUUUGCUUCCCCCCCCCCCGCUCCACAAAAGCCCGAACAAGAGGAACCUUUUAGGGAGCUUGUCUAUAUGCAAUGUGUAUGUCUUCUUAC